ACAUAGUAGUUUAUUUGAUCAACCGGCCACCUUCAGUUCCUUUGAAUUUUGAAAUCCCGGAGAAAGCUUAGACGAGAAAGGACGUUGGAUACUCUCACUUGAGAAUGUUCGGGUGCAAAGCAUUUAUGCAUGUGCUAAAGGAACAGAGAUCAAAGCUGGAUGAUAAAGCCAUUCCAUGCAUUUUUGUUGGAUAUGAUGAUGAGGAGUUUGGCUAUAGACUAUGGGACCCAGAAAAGAAGAAAACUGUUAGAAGUAGAGAUGUCAUGUUUCAUGAACACGAGAAAAUUAAUGAUUUGAAGGAGGAAAAAGCUACAAGAAGCUCUGGAGAGGGUGUAGAAGAUCUAACACCGGCAAAAACUCCUUCAAGAAAAAUUACAAAUGAAGAAGAGGUGCAAGCACCAGAAGAUGAGAUAGAGGAGCCAACAAUUGAAGAAGAUGAAGCAAGUGUAGAUGGGGGAAAUGAUGAGCAGGGGGAGCAACCCCUGCCACAGGAGGAAGAACCUCAAUUGAGAAGGCCCACCAGAGAGCACAAACCACCUACAAGAUACUCCAGUUCUGAUUAUAUCUUGAUCACUGAAGAGGGGGAGCCGAAGAACUUCCAGGAGGUGCAGUCUCACAAAGACAAAGACUGCUGGAUGAAGGCUAUGCAAGAAGAAAUGAGCUCCCUACAUGAAAACAAUACUUAUAAGCUUGUGGAACUUCCUAAAGGAAGAAAAACCCUAAAGAACAAAUGGGUGUACAAGCUCAAGAAAGAUGGUGACACGAUAGUUAGAUAUAAGGCUCGGCUGGUGGUAAAGGGCUUCAGUCAGAAAAAGGGGAUUGAUUUUGAUGAAAUAUUUUCCCCAGUGGUAAAGAUGAGCUCAAUUCGCAUUGUGCUCGGUCUAGCAGCAAGCAUGAAUCUUGGGCUUAAGCAGUUAGAUGUGAAAACUGCGUUUCUUCAUGGUGACUUGCAUGAGGAAAUUUAUAUGGAUCAGCCAGAAGGUUUUGAAGAACAAAGGAAGGAGCAUAUGGUUUGCAAAUUGAAGAAGAGCUUGUAUGGACUAAAGCAAGCUCCAAGACAAUGGUAUAAGAAGUUUGACUCUUUUAUGAUGAGUCAUGGUUACCAAAGAACAAAUGCAGAUCCAUGUGUCUACAUCAGAUUAUUCCCUGAUGGCAACUUCAUUAUCCUUUUGUUAUAUGUUAAUGAUAUGCUGAUUUUGGGACAAGAUGUUGAGAAAAUUUGCAAGUUAAAAGAGGAGUUAUCAAAGUCCUUUGACAUGAAGGACUUGGGACCAGCAAAGCAAAUUCUGGGUAUGGCUAUUACCCAUGAUAGAAAGGUUGGGAAGUUGUGGUUAUCACAGGAGAAGUAUGUUGAACGGAUGCUUGAAAGGUUCAACAUGAAACAUGCUAAGCCAGUUAGCACUCCUCUUGCAAAUCACUUCAAGCUGAGUAAACGAUCUUGUCUAACUACCAAAGAAGAAAAGGAGAAAAUGUCAUCUAUUUCUUAUUCUUUUGUAGUCGGUUCACUGAUGUAUGCAAUGGUAUGUACACGGCCAGACAUUGCUCAUGCUGUUGGUGUUGUGAGUAGAUUCUUGUCUGAUCCAGGCAAGAUUCAUUGGGAAGCUGUUAAGUGGAUCUUCAAAUAUCUGAGAGGUACGACCAAGUUGUGUUUGACUUUUGGGCAGACUGAACCAAUUCUGAAGGGAUACACAGAUGCAGACAUGGCAGGUGACCUUGAUAAUAGAAAAUCUAUUUCAGGGUAUUUAUUCACUUUUGCAGGGGGAGCUGUAUCAUGGCAAUCAAAAUUGCAGAAGUGUGUUGCCUUGUCAACAACCGAAGCUGAAUACAUUGCAGCUAUAGAAGCUGGUAAAGAGAUGCUUUGGAUGAAAAGAUUCCUUCAAGAAUUGGGAUUGAAGCAGAAAGAGUAUGUAGUAUUUUGUGAUAGCCAGAGUGCUAUAGAUUUGAGCAAGAAUACUAUGUACCAUGCUCGAACAAAACAUAUAGAUCUGAGAUAUCACCGGUUGCGCUUGGUGACAGAGAACAAGAAGUUUCAACUCAGAAAGAUUCACACAAACAACAAUGUUGCUGAUAUGAUGACAAAAGUUCUUCCCAGGGAAAAGUUUGAAUAUUGCAAGAAGUUGGUUGGGAUGGACUCCAAGUAAGGAGUCAGGAUUUAUAUCUCCUCGCAUGGGGUUGGAAGGGGAGAUUGUUGGCAAAAGCUUCUAGUUCCAGCCAAUUUUUCUACAGCCUAUUGCAAGAGGUUGUAAGCUACAGCAGCCAUUGUGGAAAUUUACAAUGGUUAUUUCAACCAUUGUACAUGAACCUCAUUUAAUGAGGUAGAAAACUUGCACCGGGGUAGUUGGGUUUUUUACCCUAUAAAUACCCAUGCAAUGG